AUGUUUCGACUUUUAAGCUCUGGUGUUAGGCUAUGGAAAGAUGAAAAGUCCAAGCAGUUGCUCCUGGAUCUUGGUGUCUCGUUGCAGCAGGGGAAUAUCCGGUCUGAGGCCCCUAAGAAGAAUGAUGAUGCAAAGUCUACCAAGUCAAAAGAUGAUAAGGUUAAUCAAAGUCAAGAUCUGAGUCAGAGUCAAAAUUUGAAUCAAAAUCUGAAACCAUCUAUUAAGAAGACCGGCCCAGAUAAGGAACAAAUUCUACUCAACGAAAGAGAGAACCACAUGAAAAAUGUUAAGGAGUUGUAUGAUUCCAUUAGUCAUAUGUCCAAUAAUGACUUUAUAAUCCAGCAUAAUUUUGACAAUAGUCCAGUUUUCAACUCGUUUGACUCGGAACAUUUCUUAGAUCGAAAAAGGUUAUUGAAGUCAAUACCAGAUGAAAUAGACAUAUUUAACACACCUAUGGACACAAUAGAAAGAACCUACAAGAGUUUGGCCCAGUUAGAUGAUGAUAAAAGUUUACAUGUGAAAUAUUAUAAGAGAUAUUUAAAGAAAUAUGAUGAUCAAAUUUUGAAUUUACAUCAAGAUUUCAAUGGUAUAACCACCAAAUUUAAGAUGUUGAGAAGAAACGAAUUAAUACGGUUGAAUUUAUCUAGAGACGCAUUCAUGUUUAAAGAGAACUUUUUUAAGCAUGAUUACAAUGUUGUUGGCUUUGACAGAUCUAUAUCUGGAAUGCCGUUAUACCAAGAUCGGAAUAAGGUGGCUAAGGAUGCUUAUCCUACUGAAUUCAUAGAGGAUCUUCAAAGUGGGACCACGAAGAUUCAAGUGCAUAAGAGAGAUUUGGAUUUUCUUGAGUUAGAUGAGCUGACUGCUAAUAUUGACCCAAAGCGAAUGAAAGAGUAUGGUAGUGGGAUCACAAUGCAUAGUUCCAACUCAGGAGGCUCCAGUAAGCAAUUCAAUCUUGAUAAUACCUCCAAUAGUAUGGGAGAAUUUGAUGAAGUAUUCAACAAUAUUAUGCAAGAUAACGAGAAACAAGUACCCAAGAAUGCUAUUUCCUUGAAGUCAAUUAAAGAUUAUAGAGUAUUGGAUUUUAGAACCGAUAUUCUGUUAAGAAUUGAAAAUGAAAUAACCUUUUUAAGAAAGUCCCUACAAAAUGAAAUUGAAUUAUUUAUGAAAGCAAAUAACCAAGGAAGUCCAAGGUUACUUUUAUAUGGACAUCAAGAUUUAUUAACCAAUCAAUAUAAGCUCUGUGAAUACAGUUCAUCGAGAGCUCAACGGAAUUCUAUUUUAAUUAUCAAUUAUUCGUUUAAAGAUUUUGGAUUGUUACCCAACUACACUUACUUGAUCAACUCAAUCAAAAGGAGACAUAAUUUGAAGAGACAUUUAUUCAAGUUAUUCUUGAUUAAUGUGGAAGAUCAGGUUGACACUUUAAUUCGAAUCAAGUAUAUUCGAGAUCGAGAUAUGCGGAAAUUCAUGAAGACACUUUCAAGGAAUAUUAACCAAAUCAUCAAGUUUAAGUUGAUGAAGUUAUUUGAGACAUUUAAGCCUUCAAGACUCAAUCCGUUACAUAACUAUGGUGGGAAAAUGAUAUAUGAUGCAUAUAUUUUCAAGCCUUAUAAGAAUAAUUCAUUUAAAAGAAUUUAUUGGGUUAAACAUUCAAUUCGUCGCUCAAAUGAUCUCAAUAAGAAGUCAAACUUGAUUGUUAAUUGGAAGAGUUUGGAUUCUAUAUCUGAUAGGUGA